CAAGCUCAAGGACCCGUAUUUAAAGAGACAGGCGCUCCAACCGUCGUGGGCUGCCGGCGGCCUGUGGGGAGCUAGUACCGAGUCCUGAAGUGAGCGCCGGAGCUGGAGAGCUGUAUGUCUUUGGCUUUCAAGAUCCUCUUUCCACAAACCAUCCGUGCACUCAGCCAAAAAGAACCGUGCCUAUUCCGAGGACAUCACUGGCCUGAUGUAAGACAAUUCAGCCAGUGGUCAGAAACAGAUCUGCUUCAUGGCCAGCGCCUCUUCCUGAGAAGAAAGCCUAUUCUGUCAUUCCAGGAAAGCCAUCUAAGAUCACGUGCCACCUACCUUGUUUGCUUGCCAGGGUUGCAUGUGGGACUCUGCAGUGGCCCCUGUGAGAUGGCUGAGCAACGGUUCUGUGUGGACUAUGCCAAGCGUGGCACAGCUGGCUGCAAAAAAUGCAAGGAAAAGAUUGUGAAGGGCAUAUGCCGAAUUGGCAAAGUGGUACCAAAUCCCUUCUCAGAGUCUGGGGGUGAUAUGAAAGAGUGGUACCACAUUAAAUGCAUGUUUGAGAAACUAGAGCGGGCCCGGGCCACCACAAAAAAAAUCGAGGACCUCACAGAGCUGGAAGGCUGGGAGGAACUGGAAGAUAAUGAGAAGGAACAGAUAACCCAGCACAUUGCAGAUCUGUCCUCUAAGGCAGCAAGUACACCAAAGAAGAAAGCUGUUGUCCAGGCUAAGUUGACAACCACUGGCCAGGUGACAUCUCCAGUGAAAGGCACCUCAUUUGUUACCAGUACUAAUCCCCGGAAAUUUUCUGGCUUUUCAGCAGCCAAACCCAACACCUCUGGGGAAGCCCCCUCAAGCCCCACCCGUAAGACAAGUCUGUCUUCAAGCAAAUGUGACCCCAGGCAUAAGGACUGUCUGCUACGGGAGUUUCGAAAGUUGUGCGCCAUGGUGGCUGAUAAUUCUAGCUACAACACCAAGACCCAGAUCAUCCAGGACUUCCUUCGGAAAGGCUCAGCAGGAGAUGGUUUCCACGGUGAUGUGUACCUAACAGUGAAGCUGCUGCUGCCAGGAGUCAUUAAGAGUGUUUACAACUUGAAUGAUAAGCAGAUUGUGAAGCUUUUCAGUCGCAUCUUUAACUGCAACCCAGAUGAGAUGGCACGGGACCUAGAGCAGGGUGACGUGUCAGAGACAAUCAGAGUCUUCUUUGAGCAGAGCAAGUCUUUUCCCCCAGCUGCCAAGAGCCUCCUUACCAUCCAGGAAGUGGAUGAGUUCCUUCUGCGGCUGUCCAAGCUCACCAAGGAGGAUGAGCAGCAACAGGCCCUGCAGGACAUUGCCUCCAGGUGUACAGCCAAUGACCUUAAAUGCAUCAUCAGGUUGAUCAAACAUGAUCUGAAGAUGAACUCAGGUGCAAAACAUGUGUUAGACGCCCUUGACCCCAAUGCCUAUGAAGCCUUCAAAGCCUCGCGCAACCUGCAGGAUGUGGUGGAGCGGGUCCUUCGCAAUGAGCAGGAGGUGGAGAAGAAGCCAGGCCAGAGACGAGCUCUGAGCGUCCAGGCCUCACUGAUGACACCUGUGCAGCCCAUGCUGGCGGAGGCCUGCAAGUCCAUUGAGUAUGCAAUGAAGAAGUGUCCCAAUGGCAUGUUCUCUGAGAUCAAGUACGAUGGAGAGCGAGUCCAAGUGCAUAAGAAUGGGGACCACUUCAGCUACUUCAGCCGCAGUCUCAAGCCCGUCUUGCCUCACAAGGUGGUCCACUUUAAGGACUACAUCCCCCAAGCUUUUCCUGGGGGCCAAAGCAUGAUCUUGGACUCGGAGGUGCUUCUGAUUGACAACAAGACAGGGAAGCCACUGCCCUUUGGGACUCUGGGAGUGCACAAGAAAGCGGCCUUUCAGGAUGCCAAUGUCUGCCUGUUUGUUUUUGAUUGUAUCUACUUUAAUGAUGUCAGCUUGAUGGACAGGCCUCUGUGUGAGCGGCGGAAGUUUCUUCAUGAGAACAUGGUUGAAAUUCCAAACCGGAUCAUGUUCUCAGAAAUGAAACGAGUCACAAAAGCUUCGGACUUGGCUGACAUGAUAACCCGGGUGAUCCGGGAGGGAUUGGAGGGGCUGGUGCUGAAGGAUGUGAAGGGUACAUAUGAGCCUGGGAAGCGGCACUGGCUGAAAGUGAAGAAAGACUAUUUGAAUGAGGGGGCCAUGGCCGACACAGCUGACCUGGUGGUCCUUGGGGCCUUCUAUGGGCAAGGGAGCAAAGGCGGCAUGAUGUCAAUCUUCCUCAUGGGCUGCUAUGACCCUGGCAGCCAGAAGUGGUGCACAGUCACCAAGUGUGCAGGAGGCCAUGACGAUGCCACACUUGCCCGCCUUCAGAAGGAACUAGACAUGGUGAAGAUCAGCAAGGACCCCAGCAAAAUACCCAGCUGGCUGAAGGUCAACAAGAUCUACUAUCCUGACUUCAUCGUCCCAGACCCAAAGAAAGCUGCUGUGUGGGAGAUCACAGGGGCUGAAUUCUCCAAAUCGGAGGCUCACACAGCUGAUGGGAUCUCCAUCCGAUUCCCUCGCUGCACCCGAAUCCGAGAUGAUAAGGACUGGAAAUCUGCCACUAACCUUCCUCAACUCAAGGAACUGUACCAGCUGUCCAAGGAGAAAGCAGACUUCACUGUAAUGGCUGGAGAUGAAGGAAGCUCUACUACAGGGGGUAGCAGUGAAGAGAAUAAAGGUCCCUCGGGGUCUUCUGUGUCCCACAAGGCUCCCAUCGCCUCCCCCAGCAAGCCAUACACCAGUACCAAGAAAGCAGAAGGGAAGCUGAGUAACUCCAACAGCAAAAGCGGCAACAUGCUGACUGCAAAGCCUUCCCCUGUGACAAUGGGAGAGAAGCUGGCCAUGAAGUCUUCUCCGGUGAAAGUGGGGGAGAAGCGGAAAGCUGCUGAUGAGACCCUGUGCCAAACAAAGAGGCGGCCAGCCAGCGAGCAGAGAGGAAGGAGAACUGUGCCAGCAGGCAGGAGAUAGAACAGCUCGGCCUAGCCAGGAGAGACUGCAGGGACUCACUCAGCUACUGGCCCCAAGUCAAAAUUUACAUUAAAGGGGAAAGCACAGUCUGGGUGUGGGAAUGCGGCAGUGUGAGUUUGUGGUCUGGGUAGAAGCAGGUCCAGUGAGCAGGGAGAUAGGGAGAGGGCACUGGCUUGGUGACUCUCCUCCCACCUGAGGAGCCUUUUCCCUUUUACACUCACUUGUCAGUCUUGGGUUUGGCAACAUCUCUUCAGCACUUGUUUUUUUUGUUUUGUUUUUGAGACAGUCUCACUCUGUCACCCAGGCUAGAGGGCAAUGGUGCAAUCUUGGCUCACUGCAACCUCUGCCUCCCAGGUUCGAGCGAUCCUCCUGCCUCAGCCUCCCAAGUAGCUGGGAUUACAGGCACCUGCCCCCAUGCCCAGCUGAUUUUUGUAUUUUUAGUGGAGACAGGGUUUCACCAUGUUGCUCAGGGUGGUCUCAAACUCCUGACCUCAAGUGAUCCACCUACCUUGGCCUCCCAAAGUGCUGAGAUUACAGGCCUGAGCCACAAUGCCCAGCCUCUUUUGAGCACUUUCUGAUGCCAAGAACUAGGUUUAGUACUGGCACAACUCUGGGGGAGGUGAUGGCUCAAAGGGCAGAUAGAGAAGUAAACAUAUGGCCGGGCACAGUGGGUCACACCUGUAAUCCUAGCACUUUGGGAGCCUGAAGUGGGUGGAUCACCUGAGGUCAGAAGUUCAAAACCAGCCUGGCCAUCAUGGUGAAACCCCAACUUAAAAAAAAAAAAAGAAGUAAACAUAUGAUCCACACCAUGUCAUUGCACCCCCACUCUCCCCACUACCAUCCAAGAGUAAGCAUAGAAAUCUGACAACUCAGGGCCUGAACUCAAUCCCCAACAGACCUGUAGAAACAUUUCCCGUCUCUCCUCCCUGCCUGAAGAGUUGAACCCAUCGAGAGUAGUAAGCAGGACUCCUGGCCCCUCAGUCUAGCAGGUUAUACAGAGUAGACUGCUUGGUCUCAACGGCUAUCAGAGUCUGGGGGUGCUGAGUCAGAGCCAGCUCUGCCUGCCCACCAUGACUGGAUGGCUCUUACACACAUGUACUCUUCCCGUCUCAAGGUCCCAGAUGUUGAGGCCCAUCCCCUCUUCCCCUAGCAGGGAUGGAGGGGCGUGUCAGUCCUGUAUAAUUUGGAGUGACUGGAGGGGUGGGAGUAUUGAUGCAUGUUACUCCAGUAAGCUCCACUGCUUGUGUCCUAACUCGAGGCUCCCUCCUUAUUCUGUCCUGUGCUCAUCUGGGUGAAGACCCAUCUAUACCCAGUUUAGCUCUGACCCCACCCUGAUCCCUCUGCAUUUGCAGGUGCUACUGGACAUCUUCACUGGGGUGCGGCUGUACUUGCCGCCCUCCACACCAGACUUCAGCCGUCUCAGACGCUACUUUGUGGCAUUCGACGGGGACCUGGUACAGGAAUUUGAUAUGGCCUCAGCCACGCAUAUUCUGUGUAGCAGGGACAAGAACCCUUCAGCCCAGCAGGUCUCCCCAGAGUGGAUUUGGGCAUGUAUCCGGAAACGGAGACUGGUAGCUCCCUGCUAGGCUUGCUGUCUUCCCUCUCCCUUCAGGCCACACUCUCCUUUACCAUACUACUGGACUGGGCGCAGGCUGGAGGCAGGUAGGGACAGAAUAGGGGGAAUGGGCUUGCUUCUCCCAAACCCACCAGUUCUCCACAGUCUCUUCUGGACCAGAAAUUAGUUGCUGUGGGUGCCACAACUGAAGUCAGUUUCUCUUGCUGGUUUAAAUAGAUCUUUCAGGUCUGGGUGUUGGUUUUGCCAUCUUUUUGUUUUCUUUGAAAAGCAACUUAAUUACCUUUUUUAUCUUGCAGUUAUCUUUGUCCUUUCCCUACCAACACCCCCAAUAAUUUCCCUAGAGAUUAAGGAGUAAAGGCUGGGCAGCUCUGUCCAUAAAGCCUUCUUUCCCCUGCUUGCCUCCCGCUUUGUACUUCCAGGCUUAUUUAAAGUUGUAUUUUAAAAACUGCCCUGAGAAAUGCUUCUAUUUAGCAAAACUUGUAUUCAGCCUGGCACCCUUUGCCAGGAACAAACCCUCAUGUGAAAGAAAACAAAAUGAACUUUUAUGACUUUCUUCUCUGUGUUCUCCUAUUACAGGGUGAGGAUCCCCAGUUUGAAGGGAGGGACUAGGAUCAGGUAGGAAAAUGGGGCCUUUAUGAAGAAACGGGAGGUGGUUUGGGCCACUCCUCUGGAGGGAUAGCGGGCUCCAAGAUGAUUUGCCUCCCCAAAACCUGGAAACAAGACUGCUUUUUUAGAAUAAAAAUCCACGUGGGGCUUGAGACCAAGAAUAGCCUUGCUGCCACCAACAUGGAGACUUUGUACUGUGUCCAGUUCUUAGUGCUCGAAUGUCCUAACCUGAAGUUGAAGAAGCCACCCUGGAUGCACAUGCCGUCAGCCAUGAUUGUGUCUGCUCUGGUGGUGGUGUCUUCCUCGUAACUGGAGGAAUAAUUACUGUGUUAUUGCUGAACCUCUAAGUGUUGGCUGAUAAACAUGGGCAUCAGAGGCCAGUAAUUUUCUUGGCCUACAGAGUAAAUGGACAGUAUAUUAUGGAAGGACUUGCAUUCAGCUUCCUGUUUACAAUGGGAAGUUGGCUUUUAUAAUCCUGGGCCGAUUGAAUGCACCAAAUAUCCCAAAACUCAGUAGAUUUCCUCUGCUAUUCAUUGGAUGCGUCUGUGUCCUAUUGAGUUUUUUCAUGCUAGAGUAUUCAUGAGAAUGAAACUGCCGGGUUAAGAGUGCCUUUUGAGAAGAAAUCAGUGGAUACUGGAUUUGUUCCUGUCAAUUAAGUUUUAAAGCCUAUACCAAUCCUCUAAUAUGAAAUGUGGGAAAGAAUGAAGAGCAGCUGUAAAAGAAAUACAUAGUGGGAAAAAAAAAAAACAGAAGUAUAUUGAAGCUUGGACUAGAAUUUCUUCUUGGUAUCAGAGAGACAAGUUUAUCACAGAAUUUUUUUCCUGCUGACCUAUUGAUAUACCAACAAUGUUUAGUGGCAUUUUCUUCUUAAUUUUUCAUUUCUUGAAGAAAAUAUACUCCAUAUCUACAAAAGAAAAAAAAAGAAUAAAAAUCCACACCUAAUAACAGAUCCAUACAACCUCCUGUAUAUGGAGAAUAGCUCCUGUGCUGCCUGAAGCUGAUUUAUUUGAAGAAACAAAAGGAAGAUGAUUAAGUGUAGACAAGUGCUGUUCAAUAGAACUUUUUGCAGCAAUGGAAAUAUCCAUAAAUCUGCACUGUCCAACCAAACUAGCCACAGACAACUGCUGAGCAAUUGAAAAUGAAGCUAGCACAACUAAGAAAUUUUUAUUUUUUUAUUUUUUACUUGGAAGCCCAAGAUCGAACAACUAAGAAAUUGAAGUUCCCAUUUUAAUUCAAAUUCAAAUGGUCACAUGUUGCUAGUGACUACCACAUUGGACAGUGCAGGUGUAGAUGGAGUUUAAAUGAGUCCUGAAACUUAAUGGCUCUAACUUACUUAGGCAAGUUAUGUAACAUCUAAGCCUCAGUCCCUCCGAGUAGAAGGGGUAUAGCCACUGCACCUAAAUCAUAGGGUUGUCCUAAUGUCCUCAAAUACAUUAUGUAAAACACUUAGCUCAGAGCCUAGCACAUAGUUACCCAGACUGGUGUGAAUGUCCAGACCCUACCUGGGAGAGGGGGCCCUAGCUUAUAACUUUAGAACCCUCAAUUGCAGUUAGGCAUGUUCCAGCUAACACUCCACUUGGAGUGCAGGCUCAUCAGGACACCAUAUGUUUGUAAACUGGCUUCCGAGUCCCAGUCCUGCCAGCUCUUGAGAGUCAGUUCUCUCCUUGUGAACAAAUUAGCAGGCUCUGGGCCUAUAAGAUCAAGGACCACUGUGUCCCCCCACCUUCACCACCAGAGAACUCAACUAAGAUAAUACUCUGCCAAGGGAUGUUUGCCAGUUAGCUUGGAGGCCAACUUUGAUCUGAUGGACUUUGGCUUUCUCCUACUAUUUAAAAUGUGUGUUAGGAGAGUAGGGGCAGCAGUGGGCAGGGGUGUACUUUUCCUGACUCUAGCCCAGGACAUUUGGUAUUUUUGAAUAGGCAUCAUUCAGCCCGGCUUCAGUAUUAGGAAUAAGAUACUCUUUUUAUUCCGUCCUCUAUGGAGACAAAAAGCGGCUCCUCCUUUGAGCACUGACCUACAUUUCCCUCUUCAGCCUCCUCAGGCCAAGGAACUGGACAGGGCAGCAGAACAAGGCUGUCUCCUUAGGAUCCUGACAAAGGCACUGCCCUCUCCAACCUGGACCCAGCCCCACUUGCCCUUACUUUUUGCUUACACCUAGAGUGCACCCUCACAGGAAAGGGCUGUGCUGGCUGCAGAUGAUCAUCUUGUCCCGUCUCAACGGGUGUUAUCUAUCACCAUUUCAGUGUCAGUGGUUUUUUAUGUGUUUUCUUCCAGGCUUUGAUGCUGAGAUCUGACUGUCUCUUAAUAUUUUGUAUCCUUUCAUGUUUUUCAAUGCAACCCUCAAUGUCAUCAUCAAAUCUCUUCAGCAGAAUGCUGGAGGCCUCCCGCUUCUGAACCUUUACAUGCAGAGGUCAUCACUGGGCACUGAACAGGUCAGCUGCCUAGGGCAAUGUUGGCAGUGUUGUGGCUCAUCCUUGAUCCUAUACCCUUAUGGCAAGAUUCCUUUCUCUUAGUCAGAGAGCAGAUGGGCACAUAAUCUUGUUCUCCCAGGGACUGCAUUCUCAGGAGUCUUUUUCCUGCUCCUUGGGCUCCUCCUUGGGUUAGGGAGGUUUGUCCAAGCCUGUGGACACAGAGCAGUCUGCCACAGGCUGGGCCAACUUUUUUUUUUUUUUUUUUAGAAUGCUCUGUCCAGGCUGGAGUGCGGUGGUACAGUCUUGGCUGACUGCAACCUCCACUUCCCAGGUUCACAAGCAAUUCUCAUGCCUCAGCCUUUCAAGUAGCUGAGACUAACAGGCACAUACCAGCUAAAUUUUUUUAUUUUUAGUAAAGACAGUGUUUCGCCAUGUUGGCCAGACCAGUCUCAAACUCCUGGCCUCAAGUCAUCCACCUGUCUCAGCCUCAAGUGUAGGGAUUAGAGGUGUGAGCCACAGCACCUAGCCUGGACCACCCUUCUCUGAGUCACACUCCAACUGUACUACAGCUGUAUCCAAAGGCUUUGUCUCCCAGGGUAACCUGAAGACCUAACUGGGCAUACUAGCUGUCUUCAGAUUCCUUUCCUUUUUAGAUCUUUAGGUCCCAUCUCUUUUAGAUCAAUAUCCAGUUGGUCUUGGGAUUCGUCCUUUUCCUACCCAGCUCUCAUCCUCUUCUAGGCUGUUCCAUGGCCUCUUCCACAUAUUACAUUUGUGGUCUUGGGAAAGUUAGAAUACUUAGCAUCUUGACCAAGGUCACUUGGCCCAACCACAGCCUAAUAAUCCCAUGCCGUGUGCACAUGUGCCCUCUCUCUCCAACCUGGACCCACAUGUACACAUGGCCUGGGAUUAGCCUGUGGUUUAUCAGUUAUUUUGUCUUUUUUUUUGAUACAGGGUCUCACUCUGUCACCCUGGCUGGAGUGCAGUGGCGAUCAUAGCUCACUGCAGCUUCGAUCUCCUGGCUCAAGUGAUCCUCCCACUUCAGCCUCCUAAGUAGUUGGGACUACCCACAUGUACCACCAUGCACAGCUAAUUUUUUGGGUUUUUUUGGGGUUUUGUGUUUGUUUGUUUAAGUAGAGACGAGGUCUUACUACAUUGCCUGGCUGGUCUCAAACUCCUGAGCUCAAGCAAUCUUCCCACCUUGUCCUCCUACUAAAGAGUUGAGAUUAUAGCGUGUGCCACUGUUAGUCUCUUUUGUCAGUCCAUCAACCUCUGAUAUCCUCACACCAGACAGGACAGGGAUCUGUAUUGAAACUUUAUUACAAAAUUAUAAAGCAGAGCUCUGUAACAAAAUAAUACACAUUUGGGUUUGCUUUAACCUCCAAGUAAGUCUGAGAAAAUCUUAAUAUAAGCCACUUGAAGUAACAAUUCACAUCCAAGAGAUUUCCACAAAUUUAUACAAUGUAUAUUGAGCACUAAUUCCUGUACAGCUUAUUCUGAUUAGUUUGGAUCCAACUAUUCCAAGGUAUUGUGAACCAGUCAGCUGUCUUUUGAAACAAGUUUUAACUGAAAUCUCAGAGCAAUCACAGCAAAAGCCACAGAAUAAUUGUAAGAAUUAGAUAUUUCCAUAAUAAUUAAAACCAAGGAUCCAUGAAGGGCAGGAGGGAGGAUUCAAAGAUUUUAAAAAAUCAAAUUUUAGACCUUGGUUAAAUACUAACUGGAAUGGGAUCUUGGAACUCCCAACUUUUAUUUGGUAUAAUAAAAAUGAUACCAAAAAAAAA